CGGGGGACGAGCCCGGGUCGUCGGAUUCCUUGUUUUCCCAGUAUCGGUUCGAGCUGAUGAAGUGGAUGUGGAUGGGACAGUGGAAGAUGACUUGGGUAAAAGCAGAGAAGGAUCUCGAACGGAUGAUGAAGUUGUUCAGAGAGAGGAAGAAGCAAUCCAACUAGAUGGCUUAAAUGCAUCCCAGAUCAAAGAAAUCAGAGAAAAAUCUGAGAAGUUUGCAUUUCAAGCAGAAGUGAACAGAAUGAUGAAACUUAUUGUCAAUUCUUUAUAUAAAAAUAAAGAGAUUUUCCUGAGGGAGCUUAUUUCAAAUGCUUCGGAUGCUCUAGAUAAGAUCCGGUUAAUAUCCUUGACUGAUGAAAGUGCUCUUGCUGGUAACGAGGAACUUACGGUCAAAAUCAAGUGUGAUAAAGAAAAGAACAUGCUUCAUGUCACAGAUACCGGUAUUGGCAUGACAAAAGAGGAGUUGGUUAAAAACCUGGGUACCAUUGCAAAGUCUGGUACAAGUGAAUUUUUGAACAAAAUGACUGAGAUGCAGGAUGAUGGUCAGUCAACAUCUGAGCUAAUUGGCCAGUUUGGUGUUGGCUUCUAUUCUGCUUUCUUAGUAGCAGACAGAGUUAUUGUCACAUCAAAACACAACAAUGAUACUCAACAUAUUUGGGAGUCAGAUUCAAAUGAAUUCUCUGUGAUUGAUGACCCAAGAGGAAACACUUUAGGACGUGGCACAACCAUAACCCUUGUCUUGAAGGAGGAAGCAUCAGACUAUCUUGAGCUGGAUACUGUUAAAAAUCUAGUAAAGAAAUACUCACAAUUCAUAAACUUCCCCAUAUAUUUAUGGAGCAGCAAGACUGAGACUGUUGAAGAACCCAUUGAAGAGGAGGAAGCAAAGGAAAAAGAAGAAGCAGAUGAUGAUGAAGCUGCAGUUGAAGAGGAGGAAGAAAAGAAACCAAAAACUAAGAAGGUUGAAAAGACUGUCUGGGACUGGGAGCUCAUGAAUGACAUAAAACCAAUCUGGCAGAGACCAUCUAAAGAAGUUGAAGAAGAUGAAUACAAAGCUUUUUACAAAACCUUUUCUGGGGAACAUGAUGACCCUAUGACUUUCACCCACUUCACUGCUGAAGGGGAAGUUACUUUCAAAUCUAUCUUGUUUGUUCCUAAUUCUGCUCCACGUGGCCUGUUUGAUGAAUAUGGAUCCAAAAAAAGUGAUUUCAUUAAGCUGUAUGUUCGGAGAGUGUUCAUCACUGAUGACUUCCAUGACAUGAUGCCCAAAUAUCUGAACUUCAUUAAGGGUGUUGUGGAUUCUGAUGAUCUUCCUUUGAAUGUAUCUCGUGAAACACUUCAGCAGCAUAAAUUGUUAAAGGUGAUCAGGAAGAAACUUGUUCGCAAAACUCUUGACAUGAUCAAGAAAAUUGCAGAAGAAAAAUACAAUGACACAUUCUGGAAAGAGUUUGGUACUAAUGUAAAGCUUGGAGUUAUUGAGGAUCACUCCAAUCGUACACGACUGGCUAAACUUCUUCGCUUCCAGUCUUCCCAUCAUGAAAGUAACCUCACAAGCCUUGACCAGUAUGUGGAAAGAAUGAAAGAAAAGCAAGACAAAAUUUAUUUCAUGGCAGGUGCCAGCAGAAAGGAGGCCGAGUCCUCACCAUUUGUUGAACGUCUUCUGAAAAAGGGCUAUGAAGUGAUCUAUUUGACUGAACCUGUAGAUGAAUACUGUAUUCAGGCUCUGCCAGCAUUUGAUGGCAAGAGGUUUCAGAAUGUAGCCAAAGAAGGCGUCAGCUUUGAAGAAAGUGAAAAGUCUAAGGAGAGUCGGGAAGCCUUAGAAAAGGAAUUUGAACCACUCUUAAACUGGAUGAAAGACAAAGCCCUGAAAGACAGGAUUGAAAAAGCUGUGCUAUCUCAACGUUUAACCCAGUCUCCAUGUGCUCUUGUGGCUAGUCAGUAUGGAUGGUCUGGUAACAUGGAAAGAAUAAUGAAGGCUCAAGCUUACCAAACUGGGAAGGAUAUAUCUACAAAUUAUUAUGCUAGCCAAAAGAAGACAUUUGAAAUUAAUCCCAGACAUCCAUUGAUCAAGGACAUGCUGAGGCGAGUCAAGGAAAACGAAGAUGACAAAACAGUUUCAGAUCUUGCAGUCGUGUUGUUUGAAACUGCAACUUUGAGGUCAGGAUAUAUGUUACCAGACACCAAGGAAUAUGGAGACAGAAUAGAAAGGAUGCUUCGUUUAAGUUUAAACAUUGACCUGGAUGCAAAGGUGGAAGAGGAACCUGAAGAGCCUGAAGAGGCAGCUGAGGAGGCAGAGGAGCAAGAUGAAGAGGAGGUGGAUGCUGAUGCUGAAGACAGUGAAACACAGAAGGAAUCCACAGAUGUGAAAGAUGAACUGUAAGCUGCACUCAACUUACCGUCCUCCACUGGGGGGUUAGGAGGGAAUGUGAAUGAGAUUGUUUUGGUUUUUUUUUUUUUAACUGUAAAAUGUUGAGGGGUGGUAUGGGGUUUAAGGGUAAGAGGAUUUUUGUUUUAAGUUCAUUUUUCUAAAAACAUUCCUCAUGAAUGUAAAUUUGUAUUAUUUAACUGACUUGGUGUAAAAUCUUGUCAUGUAUAAAAUGUUCCCAAACACCAC